CCCGUGGGCGGCCGCCCCUCGCCCACCCUCCCCCCGGCCCGCCCCGGGAACGGGGCUUGUAGUCGUGGACGUGACUGGGAGGAGUCUGCCCCCCUCGGAUUUCCGCACAAGGAGCCGGGCCGCGACCAUGGCGGAGCCCACGGUAUGCUCGUUCCUCACCAAGGUGCUGUGCGCCCACGGCGGCCGCAUGUUCCUGCAGGAUCUGCGCGGCCACGUGGAGCUCUCGGAGGCCCGGCUGCGGGACGUGCUGCGCCAGGCCGGGCCCGACCGCUUCCUGCUGCAGGAGGUGGAGGUGCGGGAGGACCCGUGGGACGCCGAGGCCGAGGUGGCGGCCGGCGAGGGCUGCGCAGGCGGCGGCGGCGGCGGCCCCUCGGCCUGGCGGGUUGUGGCUGUGUCCUCCGCGCGCCUCUGCGCUCGCUACCAGCGCGGCGAGUGCCAGGCCUGCGACCAGCUGCACCUCUGCCGCCGCCACAUGAUGGGCAAGUGCCCGAACCGCGACUGCUGGUCUACCUGCACCCUUUCUCAUGAUAUCCACAUACCUGUCAACAUCCAAGUCCUGAAAAACCAGGGACUGUUUGGUCUCAAUGAGGCCCAGCUUCGGAUCCUUCUUUUGCAGAAUGACCCCUGCCUUUUACCAGAGGUCUGUUUGCUCUACAACAAAGGUGAAGCCCUGUAUGGUUACUGCAACCUCAAGGAUAAAUGCAACAAGUUUCACGUGUGCAAGUCCUUUGUCAGGGGAGAGUGCAGGCUGCCGAAGUGCAAGCGGUCUCAUCAGCUAAUUCACGCUACAUCCCUGCAGCUGCUGCAGGACCAAGGAUUGAAUAUUCCAAGUGUCGUUAAUUUUCAGAUAAUUGCUACCUACAAGCACAUGAAGCUGCACAAGAUGCUUGAAAAUAAAGAUAAUUCAGCUUCUUCUGCUGAGCAUUCCCAGGGCCUUGAGAAACAAGGAGUACACGUAGCUAGGGCUGCAGAGGCCGGUCCUCUGGUCUCUGGCCCUGCUGCGUCAGCCAAGAAGCCAUGUGCAGGCCUCUCACUGUUGUGGCCUCUCCCAUUGCGGAGCACAGGCUCCGGACGCGCAGGCUCAGCGGCCAUGGCUUACGGGCCCAGCCGCUCCGUGGCAUGUGGGAUCUUCCCGGACCGGGGCAUGAACCCGUGUCCCCAGCAUCAACAGGCGGACUCUCAACCACUGCGCCACUAGGGAAGCCGUAUUAUAAUUUCUAUUAAAUUUUCUUUACAGCUUUAUUGAGAUGUAACUGACAUAUAACAUUGUGUAAGUUUAAGGUGUACAAGGUGAUGAUUUGAUACAUCUGUAUACACACAUAUAUUGCAAAGUGUUUACCACAAUAAGGUUAGUUAGCACAUCCAUCCCCUCACAUUCAUUAUUAGUUUUAAAAUAAUGUAUUAUGUAUCCUUGAAUUACCCUUAUUAUUUAGGAAUAUUUUUCCAAAAGAAUUUUUUUUGGGGGGGGCAAAUACAAUAAUAUUGUAGAAAUUUUGGAGAAUACAGGAAUUAAGUAUUAAGAAGGAAGUCAUAUAAUCGCCCAUAAUAUGACUGUGUAGAGACAAUCACUGUUAAUAAUGUAGGAUAUUUCUUUCAGUCUUUUUCCAUGCACAUAUUCUUAAAUAUUGAGAGUAUACUAUAAAUACAAUUUCAUAUUAUACUCUUCUGGAUUGAUAUUGUUUUGUAAGUAUUUACCCACAUAAUUGAAAGCAUUCACAAUUAUAUUUGAUAGCUGCAUUAUAGUUUUUAAUGUAUCAUUUAUUAAUCAUAGUCCUGUGGUUGGGCAUUUAUUAUUUGCUACAUUUUAGUACACUUGAUUUUUUUUUUUUUAUUUGGUUGCGCUGGAUCUUAAUUUUGGCAGGCGGGUUGCUUAGUUGCAGCUCGCCAGCUCCUUAGUUGCAGCAUGCAGCCUUCUUAGUUGUGGCAUGUGAACUCUUAGUUGCAGCAUACAUGUGGGAUCUAGUUCCCUGACCAGGGAUUGAACCCGGGCCCCCUGCAUUGGGAGUGCGGAGUCUUAACCACUGUGCCACCAGGGAAGUCCCACACUUGAGUUUUUUAGAGUAGUUUUAGAUUUAUAACAAAAUUAAGAGGCAGGUGCAGAGGUUUCUCAUAUACCCUCUGCUCCCACACAUGCAUAGCCUCUUCCAUUAUCAAGAUCACUCACCAGAAUGGUGUAGUUUUUAGCAAGGAUGCACCUACUUUGU